AGAAUCAUUGCAGCUGUCUCAGAGUUAUCCAUUCUUCUCCAUGGAUCUCUUAACUCUUUUUUUUUUGCCCCCCUCAAUCUGCAAUAAAACCACAUCCUGAGGGAGAGAAUGGCAGCAGCAGCAGGCUCACGAUCUGUAGCAUUCUCCAGCUCCAAAUGGCCUCUCUGUGUUCCUUCCCUGCCGUCUCCCUCUCUCUUUCAUCGGAUACCAUUCAACUCGUCCACAAAUUCCAUUCCCCCUCUCUGCUCUAAGAGCUCCCAGAUCAAGCAAUUGCUCCCUGCAACACCGAAGGGUAGAGGUAUUACUGCUCCCAGGUCCGCCACCGUUGAAAGCUCCUCCGUUUCUUCGCCGGAGGGAUGGCUUCUUCAACCAGUAGGUGAUGGAGAUUCAAGACACAUUGGAUUUAAAGUCCCACUUCCUGAUGCAUUCGUAAUAGCUUCGGAUGCUGUCACCGUAGGACGUCUUCCAGACAAAGCUGAUAUGGUAAUUCCAGUUGCUACAGUUUCCGGUGUGCAUGCACGGCUGGAGAAGAAGGGAGGAACGCUGCUCAUCACGGAUUUGGACAGCACCAAUGGGACUUACAUCGAUGACAAGAAGCUCAGACCUGGCGCAGUGACGACUGUGCCGCCGGGGUCUUGCAUAACAUUUGGAGAUACGCAUCUGGCCAUGUUUCGUGUUUCCAAAAUCGAACAGGAGGAUGUCACUGGCGAAGGAGACGAUAAAUCUGAGAUCGAAACCAAGGCUGAGACAACAUUAAACGGAGAGUAGCUGAGCAGCGACGACUGCAAUGAGUCUUGACAUAAGAUCGAUUGCAAUGGCUCAGCAGUGGCAUGCUCGCAUAUAAGUGUUUCUUCAUCUUUAAAUGAUAUUUGAGUUACUAUCGACACAACGCGUACUUUUUUAA